CAACCAACCAACAACAACGUUUCUUUUCUUCAUUUCUUAACUUCCACAACUAUAACACAACAACAUUCACAUUCCUCAGAUCGAAUAUUUUUUGUCUUCUCACUGUACAUGGAAGCUUUGAUCAAUCAUGGGAUUAAUCCAAUUCGCGUCAAUGGCAUUACAAAGCAGCGAUCUUGUUUUCCGUUUGAAUCAAAACCAAAUCUGAAAAAGGGUACGUUUGGAUUUCAAAUUGGAGUGGUGAAUAAGAAGAAGAACAAGUUUUCUCCUUUGAUUAUGGCUGCUGCUACUGUUGGGAAUUCACAAGUUGGUCAUUUUGAGAAUACGGUUCCUUCCAAAGAAAUUCUGGAGCUAUGGAAGAAUGGUGAUGCAGUGUGCUUUGAUGUGGAUAGCACUGUGUGCAUUGAUGAAGGAAUUGAUGAGCUUGCUGAAUUUUGUGGGGCAGGAAAAGCUGUUGCAGAAUGGACUGCAAGAGCAAUGGGUGGUUCCGUUCCGUUUGAAGAAGCCUUGGCUGCUAGGUUAUCUUUGUUCAAUCCCUCUUUGUCUCAACUUGAGAAUUUUCUUCAGCAAAGGCCGCCAAGGCUUUCCCCUGGCAUUGAAGAGUUAAUCCAGAAACUAAAGGCUAAUGGCAAGCAUGUAUAUCUGAUCUCAGGGGGCUUUCGUCAAAUGAUCAAUCCUGUCGCGUCAAUACUUGGGAUUCCACAAGAGAACAUUUUUGCCAAUCAACUACUUUUUGGAAGUUCUGGACAGUUUCUGGGAUUUGACGAAAAUGAGUAUACUUCAAGGAGUGGAGGAAAAGCCACUGCAGUCGAACAAAUCAAGAAGGAUCAUGGGUACAAAGCAUUAACUAUGAUCGGAGACGGCGCAACUGAUUUUGAGGCUCGUAGACCAGGUGGUGCCGAUAUGUUCAUUUGCUAUGCUGGUGUUCAACUUAGAGAAGCCGUUGCUGCAAAAGCUGAUUGGCUAGUUUUCAAUUUUCAAGACCUUAUUAAUUCAUUGGGGUAACUUUUUCCUUUUUUUGGUUUCCUAUUUUUUGAAUCAUAGAAGUGAGGAAGCAGAUGGAUUCGGAAAAAAAAAGGCAGGAAACAUAAAUGUGAAAUUCCUCCACGUGUUAUUAGGGAAUGAUUUUUCUUAAGAUAGAUAGAUGUCAUUCAUUUUUUCUCUUUAGUAGAUCAGAUUUAUUCUUCUUCCAUUGUUUUUAUUUCCUUUUUUUUAUUGUUGGGGGUGUAAUUUUAUUCGCGCAGAUGCCCUUGCACUGUGUUUGUAUGUUUCAGUGUGCUUCAAUAAUACAUUACCGAUGUGUAACACGGUUUUAAUAAUAUGUUUGAAUGUGCGUUCAAUGCCAUUUUCCCGCAUCACAA